CACCGGGGGCCGGGCAGAGCGGCCGCGCCAGCGGCACAAAGAGCGGCGCUCCUGCCGCCCGGCGCCACCACCGAGAUGUGCCGGGGCUGGGGGCCCCGGGGCGGCGGGGACAGCCCGGGAGUGAGAGGCUGUCCUGGCCAGCACCAAGCCAGUGCCCCGGGGCAAUGAGUGCAGCAGUGACUGUUUCUGAGGGUGCUAGCAGGGAGAUGGAGGCCGUGUGUUCAGAGCUGCUCCUGCCCACACCAGGAGAGACAAGAGCUGUGGGAAGCCCUGGUGUGGCCAGCACCAGUCUGGCUGGGACACCCCCACUGACUGCCAGCCAGGACUUGCUGCUGGCAGAGGCAUCAGUGCCUGGGGAAGGGGCUCACGCUGAAGGAAGCAAUGUAGAAAUAUUCAUCGAGACAGUGGCUGGCAACGUGACGCUGAGCAACACAGCCAGUGCCACAGAAGUUCUGGUCAAAGUGGUGGAGCUCUACUUCUGCGAGAGGUGUGGCCGUAGCUUCCCAGAGGCCUCCCUACUGUCCCAGCACCAGUGCCUGCUGCUGGCCCCUCCUGGGCACCUGGAACUCCCUGGGGCGCUGCUGACUUCUGCCAGCAAGAGCCAGAGCAAGCCAGGGGGCUCAGAGCUGCCUGGAGCUGUUGCACAGGAAGGCUCUUCUCCCGAGCACCUGCUGUGCCCCAUCUGCCAGGAGGUGUUCAUGCAGCCUGCCCAGCUCAAGGAGCACUUCAAGACCCACCGUGCCCCACCAGGAGCCCUGCCCUGCCCGGAGAGGGGCUGCCACUUCACCACGGAGGACCGCAAGCAGCUGCGCAGUCACCUGCGCCACCUGCACGGGGCCUCGCCCGUGUCCUGCGCCUGCCGGGCCUGCCCGCUGCUCUUCCCCAGCCGCCCAGCUAUGGAGCAGCACCACCGGACACACUUCCCCUUCCACUGUGGCCACUGUGACUUUGUCACAGCCAAUGCCAAGCUCUUCUGGCAGCACAGGAAGGGCCACACCACAGAGGCCCCAUCCAAGAUGCCCGAAACAGGUGGCUCCUGCAGUUCAGACCCCCACGGCCUUGAGCAGUGCUGCGUCCUACCAUCAGCAGCAGAAGGGCAGGAGGAGGCAGGAAAUUGUCACCCUGACUGGGAAGCCAGCACAGCAGAAGCCAGGCCAGCAAACCCUGCAGGUACCAAGGACAAUGCCUUGAAGGGGCAGAAAGCAUCAGCUAGAGAAGAAGACUCGGACAGCGAUGGGGAUGAGUCACAGGAGGAGGACGGCGAGAGCCCCUGUGAAGCCGAGGCCAAAGAGGAUGGGAAGGCAGCUCCUGAGAAAGCCAGAGUGCCACGGGCACACCACUUCAAAGGGGAUGUUGCAGAGGGCUCCGAGUACCUCUACAAAACCCACAUGUGCCCUGAAUGCAAGCGCUGCUUCAAGAAGCGGACACACCUUGUGGAGCACCUCCACCUGCACUUUCCCGACCCCAGCCUGCAGUGCCCCAACUGCCACAAGUACUUCACCAGCAAGAGCAAGCUGAAAAUCCACAUGAUGCGGGAGACGGGCGAGAAGACCCAUCGCUGCCCGCUCUGCCACUACAGCUCAGUGGAGAAGAACGCCCUCAACCGCCAUAUGGCCAGCAUGCACGAGGACAUCUCCAACUUCUACUCUGAUGUUUACUCUUGCCCUGUCUGCGAAGAGAAGUUUCGGCUCAGCCAGGCACUCAAAGAACACCUGAAGACUCACAAAGCUGAACCCAAGAGGCUGACCUGCUUCCAGGGAGGCUGCGACUACUAUGCGGAGGACCGGAAGGAGUUUGUCCGUCACCUCAAGGAUGCUCAUGGCAUCAAGGCAGUGGAGUGCAAAUACCACGCUUGCUCACUGCUCUUUGGCACGGCUGAGGCCAUGGAGGCUCACCGGAAAACCCACUACGCCUUCCACUGCCAGCAGUGCGACUUCAUCUGCUCCAACAAGCACAUUUUCCGCAAGCAUAAGAAGCAGGGGCACCCGGGCAGCGAGCAGCUCCAGUGCAGCUUCUGCCCCUACGCCACUUUUAACCCUGUGGAGUUUCACGAUCAUGUGGGCAAGAUGCACGCCAACGAGAAGAUCCACAAGUGCACCGAGUGUGCCUUCGCCACCGCGCACAAGCGGGUGCUCAUCCGGCACAUGCUGUUGCACACUGGAGAGAAACCUCACAAGUGUGAGCUCUGCGACUUCACUUGCCGGGAUGUGAGCUACCUGUCCAAGCACAUGCUGACCCACUCCAACGACAAGAACUUCAUGUGCACUGAGUGUGGGUACAUCACCAAGUGGAAGCACUACCUGAAUGUCCACAUGCGCAAGCACACCGGAGAUCUCCGGUACCAGUGCAACCAGUGCUCAUACCGCUGUCACCGUGCUGACCAGCUGAGCAGCCACAAGCUGCGGCACCAGGGCAAAAGUCUGAUCUGCGAGGUGUGCGGCUUCGCCUGCAAGCGCAAGUAUGAGCUGCAGAAGCAUAUGCAGGCAAAACACUCGCAGAACUACCAGGUGCCCAUCUUCCAGUGCCAGUACUGCACCUACCAGACUAAGUACAAGCAGGCGCUGCUGAACCAUGAGAACUGCAAGCACACCAAGCAGAAGGAGUUUCGCUGUGCCCUCUGUUCGUACUGCACCUUCAGUAACACCAGCCUCUUCUUCCACAAGCGUAAGAUUCAUGGCUACAUUCCCGGUGACAAGGACUGGCUGGAAAACUAUGCCAGCAAGGAGCUGGAGAUCAGCUCAUCUGAGGCACUCUUCAGCUACGAGCUCGGCACAGCCUUGCAUGUGGAUGCCAAUUCCACCCUUGCUGGAAAGGAGCCGUGGGCAAGGGCGAAGCCAUCCCAGCUGGAGUCCCAGGGAGAAGAGGGCUACCAGCAAGUGUUUGUGGUGCCUCUCCUUGGGCAGGAUCCCACUCCACAAGAGAGCAGUGGUGAGGCAGAGAGAGGUGUGAGCGAGGGCGAGCAAAGCUGUCCGACUGCUGGCAAUGUCGUGGGAGAUGACUGUGUGCAAGGAGACACUGCCACAGACUCAUCUGAGCUCACUGUUUCUGAGGAUGUGGCAGAAAGCUGCACCUUGCACUUGGAAGCAUUGAAUGUCUCAUCUGACCCCCUCCUGGAGCACUUGACUGGAGAAGUUUGUGUGACACAGCCAGAGAGCGUGGAAAUGCUGUCCUGCAAGGAGCCUCCCGCAGCCUUUGAGAUGCUGGGUUCCCGGGAUGACCUUGUCUUGCAGAACAGUGGCAACACACUCGAAGAAAUACCAGACUUUGAAGGAGAGGAGGCAGAUGUACAGGAAGAUGAUGUGGUGAGACUGAAGCACAGUGUAGUGGCAGGAGACAGCCAGGGAAAAGAUACUCUAAGGCAGGCAAUGGACCACCUUGCGAGGUCAUGCUCAGACCACCACAAGCUGGUGGCAGAUACCGAGGUGAGAGAGACCAGCCAAGCCAAGCUGCCAGAGGCCUGGCUCAGUGUGCUGAAGACACCUGAGCAAGGCCACCCACCUGUCCCUGAGGAUGUGGUCGCCUCAAGUGGCAAUGCCAGGGGUGGCUCAGAGUCCAUGCUGAAGGCUCUUAGGAAGCAGGACAAGGAGCAGGCAGAGACACUGGUGCUGGAGGGCAGGGUGCAGAUGCUGGUGGUGCAGUCGGAGAGCCAGGUCUUUAAGUGUGAGAAGUGCUCUUACAUCACACGGAAGGAGAAGUCCAUGUCCCUGCACUCCAAAGCCAGCUGCCAGAGGCGCCGGGCCCCGCUCACGUGCCACAAGUGCGGCGCCAGCUUUAAGCAGCAACGAGGGCUCAACACUCACCUCCUCAAGAAGUGCCCUGUUCUCCUGAAGAAUAACAAGAUCCUCAGACCAGCCAGCCAGGAGCCACCUGGAUUGUGCCAAUCUGCUGACCAGCCUGGUGAUAAUGGUACAGAAACAGGAGAGAGUGAGAAGGGGCCCUCAGAGGAGUCCGGACACGCUGAGAGCCCUUGGGAAGCUGAACUGCUGCCUGAUAAAACGCCGACAGAAGGCAGUCCUUUGCCUGGAGAACAGGCAUCAGGCUGUCUUGCCUCUGAGAAAUCCUUGCCGGUUGAAAGCACAGAGGUGGCAGAAGAGCCUCCCCAGCAAGGGGAUGGGCCUGAGCCAUGUGGAGCUGCUGGUCCAUCCCAGCCUGGGAAACCCUUAGAGAAAUACCGGCUGGAGGGAGGGAAGCUGCACUGCAACGCCUGUUCCUUCGUGUGCUCCCGUGUCUCCACCAUCACCUCCCACGUGGAGGAUGGCUGCCGGAACCUGGAGCAGUUCUGGUGCUCCCUGUGUCCUGAGGCCUUCCGCUCCCAGCGGGCCCUCAAAAACCACUGUGCUGAGAAGCACAUGCAUCCCAAGGAGGACAGAUCCCAAAGCACUGAGCUUCCCGAGGGGGACCCAGCCAGUGUUGAGACAGGCCAGCCCAAUAAGCUCCCAUUGGAUGUGGGCCCCCCAAAAGCCACCCCACCCAAGAGGAGGCGUUUCUCCUGCCCCACUUGCUCUUUCACCUGCCACCAGGAACGGGCCAUGAAGACGCACAAGAAGAGGGGCUGCGUGACCCUGGGCGAGUUCCGCUGUGCCUCCUGCCCUUUCACUUCCAAGGUGGCCAAAGCCCUGCGGCUGCACCGCAAGCUGCACCGCAAGCACUACAGCAAGCGGCCGCAGCUGCAGUGCCGCCAGUGCGAGUUCACCUGCAAGCAGGCCCGCUGCCUAUGGCAGCAUGUCCGCAUCAAGCACGAGGGCGUGAAGCCGCACAAGUGCCGCUACUGCGAGUUCAGCACCACGCGGCGCUACCGCCUGGAGGCCCACCAGUCCCUGCACACCGGCGUGGGGCGCAUCGCCUGCGGCAUCUGCAGCCAGACCUUUGGCACCAACUCCAAGCUGCGCAUCCACCGCCUGCGGGUGCACGAGAAGACACCCACCCACUUCUGCCCGCUCUGCGACUACAGCAGCUACCUGCAGAAUGACAUCACGCGCCACGUCAACAGCUGCCACCACGGCGAGCUCAACUUCGCCUGCUCCCGCUGUGAGGCUCGCUUCAGCUCCGAGACGGCCCUCAAGCAGCAUGUCCUGCGGCGGCACGAGGAGAAGGCGUCCUAUGGCUGCCCACGCUGUGGCUUUGUGUGUCACAGCGAGGCCACGCUCAAAUGCCACGUGCAGAAGCAGCACCCGCACCUCGAGUGCAGCACUUGCAAGGAGACUUUUGCCAGCCGGGAGGCACUGGAGGAGCACAAGACGCAGCAUUUCAGCCACCGCUGUGAGCUGUGCAGCUUUGCAGCCAAGGAGCGGCAGCAGCUGGUGCGGCAUUACAUGGAGAGCCACGAGCCAGCCACCCCCCAGGACAAACCCCUGCACUGCCCCUUCUGCGACUUCGCCUGCUGCCACCAGCUUGUCUUUGACCAGCACAUGAAGGGCCACGGGGGCACCCGUGUGUACAAGUGCUCAGACUGUGAAUACACCACCAAGAACAGGCAGAAGAUCACGUGGCACAUCCGCAUCCACACGGGUGAGAAGCCCUACAAGUGCCACCUCUGUAAAUAUGCCUGCGCCGACCCCUCCCGUCUCAAGUAUCACAUGCGGAUCCACAAGGAGGAGCGGAAAUAUCUCUGCCCUGACUGCGGCUACAAGUGCAAGUGGGUGAACCAGCUCAAGUACCACAUGACAAAGCACACAGGCCUGAAGCCAUACCGCUGCGACGAGUGCGAGUACUGCACCAACCGUGCAGAUGCCCUGCGUGUGCACAAGGAGACACGGCACCAGGAGGCCCGUUCCUUCAUCUGUGAACAGUGUGGCAAGGCCUUCAAGACCCGCUUCCUCCUCAAGACCCACCUGAAGAAGCACAGUGAGGAGAAGCCCUAUGUCUGCAAUGCCUGCGGGCGGGCUUUCCGCUGGGCAGCCGGCCUGCGCCACCACUACCUGACCCACACCAACGAGCACCCCUUCUUCUGCCGCUACUGCCCCUACAAGGCCAAGCAGAAGUUCCAGGUCAUCAAACACAUCCAGCGGCAUCACCCUGAGCACGGGGCUGUUGACCCAAGCCAGGGGGUGGGAAAGGACCCCAGCACACACACUGUCCACCUUCAUGCUGUGCAGAGGGAAACUCAGGCCAAAGGGCCGCCCGGGACAGAGCAGGAAGGAGGAUGCCCUGUGGAGAAGGAUGGCACAUCUCAGGCUGAGUCCCGACUGCUUUAAGGCGCUGGUGGCACAGGCCUGCUGCAGAGAUGUAUGUGUGUGUAUAGGCAUAUAUGUAUAUGGGUUGUAAAAUAUGUGACUGUAUAAAAGGAAUCACUCAGCUC